AUGACAUCCAGAGGGACGCCCAGCCGCUUCCUGAAGAGCGUUCUUCAGAACGGCGUGGGCCGAUACGUGUGUCAACUGAAACGGGCUUCCAUCUAGUUCCCCCAGAAGUUCUCGAGGCCACUGGGCUGUAGGGAUUUCAUUGAGGAGGGAGUGGUGGAUUUUGCCAAGAAGAACCCUGGGACUGUUGUUUAUGUUUCUCCUCAGCUCUGUAGUAUCCCUAAAGUAGUUGCAGAGUACUUAAAUGGUAACACAAAGGAGGAGCUGCUCAGCAACAAAACGUCGCAGCAGGUCUUAGAGGUUCUCACCAAGCUGACCGACCAAUCUGGCCAGGACAUCAUCCGCAUCCGCAAGCCGUAUCACACCGACAGUCCCAGCAUCCAGGGCCAGUGGCACCCGUUCACCCACCGCCCCCCAUCUGUCGGCCUCAUCAGACCACAGAACCACCGUGUAGAAUAAAGACUUCCUAGUGGUUAUUGUUGGGACAGUUUCCAGAAACUAAUGAGGCUCGUCUUAGCCUCAUUAGUUUCUCCUGCAGAGAAAACCCACUUCUGACAAGUGCUGUUAUUAUGUCUUCAGAUAACAUUUAAAGCUAGCACGUUUAAUGUUAAUGUUUUGUUUUUUUUAAGUGUAUAUAAUGCAUUGUAUUAAAAU